GAAAAUGUUAAAGUUCUUAUUUCAUGGUAUAACUUUGGUAUGCUUGGACCUAGAGUCUUCAAACUUGACAUGAAGGUUGGCCAGGAUUAACAGAUGACCACUGGUCAUUUCAAGGUCAUUCAUUUGAAGGUCAAGGUCACUGUGACCUUCAAUAUAAAAAAUGUUAAAGUUGUUAUAACUUUGGUAUGCUUGGACCUAGAGUCUUGAAACUUGACAUGAAGGUUGGCCAUAACUAGUUAGUAACCACUGGUCAUUUCAAGGUCAUUCAUUUGAAGGUCAAGGUCACUGUGACCUUGAAUGUAAAAAUGUUAAAGUUCUUAUUUCAUGGUAUAACUUUGGUAUGCUUGGACCUAGAGUCUUCAAACUUGACAUGAAGGUUGGCCAGAACUAUCAAGUAACCACUGGACAUUUCAAGGUCAUUCAUUUGAAGGUCAAGGUCACUGUGACCUUGAAUGUAAAAAUGUUAAAGUUGUUAUAACUUUGGUAUGCUUGGACCUAGAGUCUUGAAACUUGACAUGAAGGUUGGCCAGAACUAGUAAGUAACCACUGGACAUUUCAAGGUCAUUCAUUUGAAGGUCAAGGUCACUGUGACCUUGAAUGUAAAAAUGUUAAAGUUCUUAUUUCAUGUUAUAACUUUGGUAUGCUUGUACCUAGAGUCUUCAAACUUGAAAUAAAGAUUGGCCAGUACUAGAAGAUGACCACUGGUCAUUUCAAUGUCAUUCAUUUGAAGGUCAAGGUCACUGUGACCUUAAAUGUUAAAAUGUUAAAAUUGUUAUAACUUUGGUAUGCUUGGACAUAGAGUCAUGUAAAAAAAUGGGAAAAAAUGUCUGUAGGUAUGGUUUUCCACUACCGCCUAUGAGCCAAACACAGAUACUUGAACCUCUUGACAGCGACUACCCUAAAGACAUGCUCAAGAACCACCAUAACAACCUUCAGAAAAUACAUGCAGUCUUGAAGUCUCUUGUAAAGGAUGAAGAUAUGCCAUUCUGCCAAUUCCUUGCCAAGUGUGGAGUUUCCGAAGAUACCUAUAUAUUAGCUAUAAGGUCAGGAUUGAAAAGAAAGCAAGUAUUCCUUAAAAGACAAGUGAAAGAUGUUAGAGUUAAUGCUCAUAACAUGGACAUUCUGAGAAUAUGGCAGGCAAACACAGAUCUGCAGUUUGUUUUAGAUCCAUGGGCUGUAUGCGUUUACAUUUCAAGCUACAUGAUGAAGUCUCAAAGAGGAAUGAGCAACUUGUUGCGGCAAGCCUGUGAAGAAGCACGAGCAGGGAAUCACACAGUCAGACAGAGGAUGAGAAUCAUUUCCAACAAAUUCUUGAACCACUGUGAAGUGUCAGCACAAGAGGCUGUCUAUCUCUUGCUUCAAAUGCCCUUGGUACAGGCUUCACGGGAUGUCAUAUUCAUCAACACUUCACCUCCUGAGCAGAGAGUUUUCAUUCUGAAGCCAAAAGAACAGCUACAGGGACUACCAGACGAUUCCACAGACGUCACAUGUUCAGGGUUGCCUGAGAAAUAUGCUAAUCGACCAAAAGUCCUUGAAACAGUGUCACUUGCAGAGUUCGCUGCAUUUUUCCAAGAACACGUCUAUAGGAAAACAACUACAAAAGAAGAUGAUUUUGAAAGUGAUCAAGUAGAUCUCACGGUUGAAAACAUCGAACCAGGCAUCAAGAUACCUAUGCCCAAUGGGAACUAUCUGGUGAAAAGACGUAUCCCCAAAGUCAUACGAUAUGUACAUUUCUCCAAGGAAAAAGACCCAGAGUUAUUCUAUAGAGAGCUUUUGAUGCUGCAUACAGCCUGGAGAAACGAAGAAGAUCUGAAAGGAAACAGUGGUGGUUCAUAUGAACAGGAGUUCCUUAGCAAGGAAACAGAGAUCACUGAUGCAACAAAGCGGUUUGAUCAGUGUGGAGACGAUCUUUACAAAGCAGUUAUGGAGGUGGAUGAGGAGACAGUGCUCGAAGCAAUUGAUGGAAUUGCACCAACAUCAAGACAAGCGGAGGAAGAUACAAAUGCUGAGACAUGUGAUGCUGCUGAGCACAGCAUAAUCUUUCCUUCUAAACCAGAACAUAAGACAUAUGACACUGGCAUUGAUAUGGGAAUUGGCUCAAAUGUCCAUCUGGAGGCUAUCAUCAACAACAGGCUUUCGGAUGAAGAUUACCAUGAUCUUGCUAUAAACCUCAAUAAGGAACAGCAAUCAUUUUUCUACCAUGUCAUCCAUACUGUGAAAACAAAAACCACUUCAUUUCACGUUUUCCUUACUGGAGGGGCUGGGGUGGGCAAAAGUCACUUACUCAAAUGUUUGUGCCAAGCUUUGUACAGAUAUUAUGAUACUACAUGCGGCGAAAACCCAGAUGAAAUUAAGGUUGUUGUAGGAGCACCUACGGCAAAAGCAGCAUUUGGAGUGAGAGGUCAUACUCUUCAUUCAUUAUUUGCCUUACCUGCCAACCAGUCCUUGGCGGAGUACCAUAAACUGGACCACAGCACUUUGAACACCCUUCGUUGUAGGUAUGCCAAACUUCAGAUCUUGAUUAUUGACGAGAUAUCCAUGGUUGGAGUGAACAUGUUCAACUUCAUAAAUUCUAGACUCCAAGAGAUAUUUGCCACUUCCCAACCUUUUGGGGGUAUCAGCCUCUUGGUAGUAGGUGACCUUUUCCAAUUGAGACCAGUGCAAGAUAGUUGGAUUUUCAAAACAUCUGAUAAAGGGUAUGGGCCAAUUGCCUCCAACACAUGGCAAGACUUGGUAGGCUUAUUUGAAUUGAAAACAAUUAUGCGACAAAAAGAUGAUGCUACCUAUGCUGAACUACUCAACAGAGUUCGAGAAGGAAAACAAAUUGAAUCCGACUUGACAACACUCCAGUCAAAAGUGAAAGAGGCAAAAACCAGCUUCAAUUUGUCUGAUGUACUUCACUUGUUCACAACCAAUGAUAAGGUAAAUGAACAUAAUGACUUCUAUCUCCAGGCACUGCAGACACAGGGUUGUAUGUCAUUAGCUGUUGACUACACCAUUGGUGAUGUGACACCAAGUGCAAAACUUGCUGUUCUAGAAGUAACUAUGAAUCUACCCCCACAAAAAACACAGAACCUAUUGCAACAGCUGCAAAUCAAAAUGUCUGCCCAUUAUCUUCUUGUUGUGAACAUUGACACCACUGAUGGACUCACCAAUGGCGCUACAGGUGUUCUGAAACACUUUGAUUCUGCAAAUGGCAAGCCUCAUACCAUAUGGAUUCAUUUUACUGAUCCAUCCAUUGGGGGAAAGGCUCGUCAACAGUACAAAACCCUUUUCAAAACCCACAUUGAUAGAUCUUGGACACCGAUAUUUACAGUUGACAGACAAUUUCAAGUUGGCAAAUACAGAAACAUCAAAGUUGUGCGCCGGCAGUUUCCUCUGAAACCUGCUGCUGCCAUGACAAUCCACAAAGCACAGGGAAUGUCCAUUCCAGAAGUGGCAGUGAGCUUUCAAGGCAGAGUACAGACGCAUAUGGUGUAUGUUGCACUAAGUCGUGUUACGUCACUCUCAGGCCUCCAUUUGCUAGAUCUUGACAGCAAGAAGAUCACAGUUGACAAACUUGUAGUUCAAGAAAUGGAACGGUUGCGGCAACACAGCUUGAUUACUACCCUACCAGAGGAUCCAAGUAGUGCAUCAAACAAAGUCAUUUGCUUGAACACAAGGUCCUUGCACAAGCAUAUCACCAGUGUAAGAUCACAUUCAAGUCUGUUGGCAGCAGAUAUUCUUAUCAUGCAAGAAACUUGGGCUUUGCGAUCAGACAGUGCAGAUUACUACAAGUUGGAAGGUUUUGAUAUGCCAAUGCAAUGUUUUACUCAAGAGACAAAGGACAGAAGACCACAUGAUGGCAUCUUUAUCUACUUGAAAUCACAUAUUGAGAUCCACAGUCUAACAAAUGUGCAUGAUAAAAAUGGCCAAGCUGUUCAUCUUAACUUGAGCUCUCCAACAGAAUCCUUUGAAGUACUGGCAGUUUAUCGCAGACCAAAUACACCGCUCACAGGUUUCUUCAACCUUGUAAACCAGCUGCCUUUAGGUGAAAAGACACUGAUAUCAAUUGGUGACUUCAACGUCGAUCAGUUAAAACCAAGCUCUGACCUUGUAAAACUUCAGAAGUUCAUGUCUUUGAGUGGACUGAAGGCUACCCCGCCAAGUGAAACCACAGACUAUCAUUCAAGCUUGGAUCAUAUUUAUGUGUCCAAUCUAUCUGCUAGAACUGGUGUGAUAGAAACCUUUUGGAGUGAUCAUAAGGCUGUCUGGAUUUCUGUGUAGGUAUGUGAAAGCAAAACAAUAAAUAGUAUUAUUUCAUCUAAGUUUAUUUUCUUACAUUUGAUAAUGAAAUUGAUGGAAACUUCAAACAAUAUGUUACUAAUUUGCUAAUAAAAAAAUUGAGAUCAAACUUUCCUAAUUGUCAAUUCAAGUUCAUAUUUGUGACCUUAAAUGUUAUUGUUGUUCAUGUAUAUGCAUGCAUUCAAAACAUAACACAAGGUUUGCUCAUGCCUUGAAAAGUACUUACAUUUCAUUUUGACCUUUGAACAAUAUUUCAGUAAUUUAAGUAUUGCAUUGACAAAAACACGAAAGGUACUUUCCUGUCAUUUAAAUCAAAAAUCCGGCUUCAAUGCGGUCAUCUCCGACCGCGGAACUCUUGUUAAGAUAAUUGUAUUAAUCUCGGGAUUAUUUAAUGACACAGAUUUCCAUCUUUUUGUCAUUAUUUACCACUAUUCAGUGGUGUCUAGACUAGAAGAUUAUCUUGGCAAGAAUAUAGUUUAUUCUACCACAACCUUCCUUACAUCUUAUACAGAUGUGAGCAGAUAAGGUUAUGGACGAUCACAUAGAACAACGUAUCUUGAUUUUCUCAAUUAUGUGGUAUCCUAACGAAUAUCACCUGCACAUCUACAUCUUGAAAAGCGAAAAUUCUUUUUAGCUGUUUUUCAUUUACAACACAUUUUCACGAUUCCUUUGUGAUGGUUUCAACUAUCACACAUCGGUCGUGGUUUACUUACAGACACGGAGGUGAUCAUAUUAUCACUCCUUGUAACUGGAAAUCAGGAACUUAUUCGUUCUUUGCAAGAACAACAAAUUUUCUCUAUCGUCUUUCUCAUACCAGUUCGUCUCAACGCCCUGUUGGACCUUUUGUCCUGCAGUUCUUUCUUUCGAAUUAUUUUUCCGUUGGGUUCAAUAAUGUAAUUGCGCAUGCGCGGCAGUGAAGUUGCAGACGAGUUGCAUGGUGUACAUAGUAUAUCAAAGAAUGUUGUUUAUCAUCAAACGCUAGUUAUUAGCGUUAUGCGAUCAUAUAUCGCAGUGUAUACCGGUAUGCUGAACAACGUCAACAAUGCAGUUCACAGAAAUCGAUCCAGCAGGGUGUGCGAUUGUUAUACAUUCGUCCAUUGACAUAAACUGGAAUAUCUUGCCUUCUUGGUGAGUUUUUGCAAUAACUGAGUUUUUGCCAUAAUUUCAUGAAAUAUACUUAAUGAACCAUGGGAUUAUGGUUCUACGACCUUUUAAGUCUCCUGUACAAUUAUUUUCAGGAAACUUCUUCACAGGUCAAAUAUCAUAUCUCACUGAGACAUAUUUUUACUGAUCCAAACAUGUGCCACUUCAUGUCUGGCCAUUAAUAACUUUUAGUUAUCUCUACAGAAGAACGUUUUUCUGUUAGAGUUUCAAUCCUUGUUACUUGUGCAAGGAUAAUUCCAUCAGAACUGUAUAAAGGUUCUAUGGAAAUUCAUUUUUAUUUUUUUUACUGGGUAAUUGAGAGCAUAGUUAUUACCUUAAUAACUCUGCUAGAUACAUAGAGGUUUUUUCUCAUCUUUUUCUUGAUGAUAAGAAAUGUGUUCUUUUCUUCAUCAAAGGAUAGAGAUUAUGCUUUCGUAUACCUUGUUUUGUGUAAGUCAUCGCAACUCUGUGCUGUCUUACCUAUUUUGGAACUGAUCCAAACUAUGGAACGUCAACACUAUGUUUUUCGUUCCUUUACCUUCUUAAGCGGUUUUGACUUGUGUAACAUGUUGGGAUGCUUAAUGAGCUCCCUAUGAACCUUUUUCAUCAGGCUUAUUAACAGUUCCAAUAUAAUUUUAAGACGGUUUUCCUUCUUAUUAUGGCUUUUACCAUACGGAGAAGUGAAAUUCAUGCUUUUUCUGUUGAAUACGACCAAUUCCAGUUGGAUCUAUUGUCGUUUUCACUUUGUUGUGUCAGCCAGGAUUCCUUGCUUAAUAUCAAGUCCUCUAUAUGGCUUCUACCUUCAAGUUUCCAAGUUUUCUUAAACUGGUAGUCAUGAAGAUGAGGAUAAACUUCUUUGGGCAAUCAGGGCUUUGAAGUUCUAUCUCAGCAGUGUUAGUCAGAAGUCCAUUCGAGGUUCUCAAAGACACUCUUCAUUUCCCCAAAAAAGGGGGGGGAGAUGUGUCUGCGGCUUCUAUUUCUCGGGGUUAGACCGCGACUUAGGAAAGUUAAUCUUAUCCUAUCUAAGGAUUCAUUCCUUUUUAGGAUCUGACUGCAUGAAUUAAGAGCUCUGUCUGUUUUGUGGGCAUAUAUUAAUCACACCCCACUUUUUGACGUGCUCUAAGCUGUUUACUGGAGGAAUCCGACCACCUUGUCAUCUUUUUAUCUUCGUUUUCUGAAGUGCCAACAAUACAAUUUGUAUACGUUUGGGCUUGUUGUGGUUUCACUAACGGUAGUGUCUUCUUUACGACAUAGACAUAUUACUCUGUCCGAGAAGUCAUAAUUAAUACCGUUUUAACGAAGAUUACUUGAUAUCAUUAGCUGAUAACCCUGUUUAUGGGUUCUACUGUGUUGGGAAAAUAUAUACGAACCUUCCCACCGCAGCUGCAAAAUCAGCAUACGAUAACAGGUCAGUAUUUAUGACAUUAAAACAAAUUUUUUAAAUAAAAUUCAUUUUAAUUAUUAAAUACUUACCUGUUAUCGGUAAGUCCCACCUCCCACCCCGCUAUUCGAUUAAUAUUUUUGUAUAUAUAUUGAAAGAAUAUUGAGGGUUGGUUACCGAUUUUUGGCUAGGUUGCAUUGCACUAUGUUUAACCUGGCCUGUAUUACGGUAUUGAGGUGGC